GGUUUUCGAAUAAACCUCUUUUUAGGCAAUUAGUUUGUUAGAGCUCAUAAUUCUGUGCAAUUAUACCUAUCAUAAAUCAGUAGGUAUAAUUGUUAUAAUUUUCUAACAGGUGCGCGUAAUCAAUAAUCUGAUACGAUUGUAUAGACUCCGAAACUAUUCAUGCAUAUUAUCAAAGAUUAAAUCUAAUCAUUUUCUUAUUGGUAUAAUUAACCACAAGAAAUCACUAUCUUGCCCUAAUAUACUCCGUGCAACAGCGGCAAGUUACCAGAAGUUAUUGCAUUUUCCAACAGACAAUGUCGCCCAAAACAUUACUAGCCGUUUUAGCGCUGCUUAAGGUGGCCGAGGGAAAUUUGUUGAAUUUGAAUUUAAAAUUAAAUGGUUUUGACUUGAAUACCUUCACCAAUACAUCUUUGAGAGGUUUUACUACAGCAAUGUCACUAUUAGAUCCACUCACACUGAAAAACGUGUCUAAAUCUAUCCACGGUGACAGCUUCAGCGCCGACAUUGUCGGUCAUAAAGUUCAACUCAAAGGAUUUUCUCACAUUGUGGCAACUUUUAUUAAUACUGUGCUUUCCCCUCCGACUAUAGAGACAAAUUUACGAUUCAAAAAGAUAGAACUUAACAUUCCUGCCUAUACUUUGGCGGCCAAAGCAGCAUUCGCAGACGUCUUCGGUAAUGGAAGCCUAACCGUCAGAAUUGAGCAACUAAAUGUAUUUGGUACAGCACACGUUGAGUUAGGCAUAACUGGCGUUAGGAAGGUGAAAGAUCUCAAAUUAACUCUUCGGCCAUCCAUUGUUGACGUAAAAGUGACGGGUUUGCUAAACAACGAGCCACUGAGCAAAGUUCUAAGUACUGCCAUUACCAGUUCUAUACCACCUUUCAUGGAAAGAUAUAAAACCGUUAUUGGGAAUAUGGCGUCUUCAACUAUAAAGGACGUAAUGAAUGGUGUUCUUUCAGGUUCCAUAUUCUUCAGUAGUUAAGCCAAGUGUCUUGAUAUUGUUAUCCAUUACGAAGUACAAUGAACAUUAAAAUUGAGCAAAACGAA